AUGUCAACUUCGACGAAGCCGCUUCAGGUGGAGUACAAGCAAACAGGAAAGCGCAAGAACCGACUCAAUGAUGAAGAUACAGCUUCUCCACGACCGCGUGCAGUGCGUCCACGACCUGGACUAGAAGAGUCAAGCGCGUCGGAAAACAACUCGUCACGCCAAGAAGAAGGCGAAGAAACGAAGGAUUCUGUUGAUUCAACACCGCCUGUGUUUUGGCGUGCGAGUGCAAAUGCCGUUGAAGCAGCAGUGGACUUAUCGGAGCCCUCAACCUUUGAAGCAGCAGUAAGCGGCCCUGACCAAGUGCACUGGCAAAAAGCUAUUCAUGCAGAGCUCGAGUCGAUGCGACUUCGCGGUGUGUUUCGUGCAGCCAAGCUGCCCAACGGACAACGCGUCAUUGGCACAAAAUGGGUGUUCAAGAUCAAGCGCAAGGCGGAUGGGUCAAUCGAGAAGUACAAGGCACGGCUUGUGGCCAAGGGUUUCCGCCAAAAGUAUGGCAUCGACUACACGGAUACAUUUUCGCCCGUGAUCAAGUAUGUGACGCUGCGAACGGUGAUCGCAAUUUCCAAGCAUUUUGGAUGGCCCAUCGACCAGCUUGGUGUGGUGACAGCUUUCCGGUAUGGCAUCAUGAAGGAGCAAGUGUUUUGUGUGAUUCCUGAAGGUGGUGAACUGGAUGAUGACUUUGACUGUCUCGAAUUGGUGAAGGCAAUUUACGGCCUGAAGCAAGCUUUGCGAACAGCGGCAAAUGUACAUUUGUUCUUGGGAUCGAGCUUUUUGGACGGUGAAGAUGGCAGUGUGACUCCGUGUCAGCGUCGUUAUGUCGAUGAUAUCCUCAAGCGCUUUGGAAUGGAGGAGUGCAAGGCUGUGGCGAGUCCUGUGGACGUCAGCUCUCGACUGAUGUCAAGCAACACUGCGAGCAAGAUCGAUGUUCCAUUCGUGAAGCGGUUGGUGCGUUGA